AUGUCAGCCAAGAGCUUCAGUACAGUUGCAGUUGCCACUGUGCUUAUUUUCUUCCUAAAGAUACAACUGUCAGUGCAAGCGCCGUUGAAUGGGUCAAAAUGGUCUUAUGUUGGUCCUGAUGGAGAGAAAGCCUGGCCAAAGAAAUAUCCAUUUUGUGGAGGAGUAUUCCAAUCACCGAUAGAUUUUCACAAAGAUAUUCUCCAGUACGAUUCUAACCUCUUGCCUUUAGAAUUUAUAGGCUAUAAUGUGCCCUCCACUGACCAGUUUACAUUGACCAAUAAUGGUCAUUCAGUGAAAAUGUAUCUGUCGCCUGCUAUGCACAUCAGAAACCUCCCGUUUGAAUACACUGCAUCUCAACUUCACCUGCACUGGGGCAACAGAAACAAGUCGGAAGGCUCGGAGCACACCAUCGGUGGAAAGCAUUUUGCAGCAGAGCUGCAUAUUGUACAUUACAACUCCGAGAAAUAUCCGGAUAUAACAGCAGCAAUGGACAAAGCAGAUGGGCUGGCAGUUCUGGCUAUUCUUCUUGAGAUCGGACCUUUCAACCCAAUAUACGAAAAGAUCUUCAGGCACUUCCGGAACGUGAAAUACAAGGACCAGAUGGCCCAAGUUCCUGGUUUCAAUAUUCAAGAACUGCUUCCCGACAGACUGGAUGAGUAUUAUCGCUACGAAGGAUCCCUGACAACUCCUCCUUGCUAUCCUAGCGUUCUCUGGACAGUUUUCCGACAUCCUGUUAAAAUUUCACAAGAGCAGUUACGGGCGCUGGAAACAGCUAUGUAUUGCACAGAGAGUGACGACCCAGAACCCUUGGAAAUGGUUGAUAACUUCCGCCACGUUCAGAAGUUUGAUGAAAGACUGGUUUUUAUCUCCUUCCACGAAGGUGUUGUUGUUUCUGUGAUGAUAGCCUGCAUUGUGGGAGUUGUCAUCAUUCUUGCAGUAGCUUUUUGGCUAUUCAAGAGGAAAAGCUGCAAAAAGGGAGAAGACAAUACAGGAGUCAUCUACAAGCCAGGAAGGGACAAGGAGGAAGAUACCUCUGAAGCAUGA